AAGGUCGCUGUUUUAGCCAUGCCGGUCCUCGAUCUUCAGGACAAGCUGGGCAUUGACCUCGACAGAUGGUUUCUUACCCAGAGCACCAAACAGCCUCACCAGAUGGCCAGCGUGUGCCAUGCCUUUGAGAAGGAGUGGCUGGAGUGUUCUGCAGGCAUUGGGCAAACCCGGGCCAAGAAGGAGUGUCGCCUGGAGAUGGAGGACUUGACGGAGUGCAUUAACAUGCAUAAAAUGAUAAAGCGUCUGGUGACUAUCACCGAACAGAGAAAGAAGCUGAUAAAGGAAGGGAAAUACACCCCGCCGGAUUACCACAGUGGCAAAACAGAGACCAGUCCUUGAAAACCAGCUGCUGAUCCCAGGGACUGCAGAAUUGGGAAGAAUUCCCCGCUGUCGUUGGGAUGUGACUUUUAAAAGAGUGUGUCUUCUAUUGUGUCACCACAGUAGGGCUGCAGUGGAGCCCACCGGCUUUUGGCCAUUCUCCUGCAGCUUUACAGCAAUGGUUGUUUGUGGGUCAAGUGCAGGUCUUAUCUGUCACCUUGGCUUGAAUAAAUAUCCUUUGGGUCUUGA